UUCAUGUAUUUUCUGGUAGAUUAGUGCUUUGUGUUACCCGUUUGAGUUCUGUAUUUUAUGUGCCGGUUUAAACAAAUAUAAUUUGACUAAAUAUAUCUUCUGAAUAAUUAUCUUUGGAAACAAUGUCGUAUCAAUAUCAUCAAAUAGCCAGCUUGCUAGAAAAAAUGACUUCUAGUGACAAGGAUUUUCGUUUUAUGGCAACAAAUGAUUUAAUGACGGAAUUGCAAAAGGAUAGCAUUAAGCUCGAUGAUGAAUCUGAAAAAAAGGUUGUACGUAUGAUAUUACGACUAUUGGAAGAUAAAAAUGGCGAAGUACAAAAUUUGGCGGUAAAGUGCUUAGGACCUUUGGUAAACAAAGUAAAGGAGGGCCAAGUUGAAACUAUUGUGGAUUCCCUUUGCUUAAACAUGAUAUCGAACGUAGAACAACUUCGCGAUAUAUCCAGCAUUGGUUUGAAAACUGUUAUUUUGGAACUUCCGCAGGCAUCAAAUUCUUUAGCGCCUAAUGUUUGUAGGAGAAUAACCGGAAAGCUUAACAGUGCUAUAGAAAAGGAGGACGUUUCGGUAAAACUUGAAGCACUGGAUAUACUCACCGACUUGCUUUCGCGAUUUGGAUUAUUUUUAAUCCCUUUUCACAAUCAGAUUUUAAAAGCUUUGAUUCCUCAACUAGAAUCACCUCGACAGGCCGUAAGAAAACGUUCAAUUAUCGCACUUUCACAUCUUCUUGCAUUGGCGGAUGAUAGCAUCUAUGAUGAUGUGAUAGUUCGUCUUUUGAAAGGUUUGGAAAACAACUCAAACUCUGGUGCCGUUCGAACAUACAUCCAAUGUUUAGCAUCGAUUUGUCGACAAUCUGGACCUCGUUUAUGCAGCCAUGUGAACACAGCCAUAAAACAUUUAGAAAGAUACAGUCAGUGUGAUGACGAUGAAGUUCACGAAUUUUGUCUCCAGGCGUUUGAAGCUUUUGUUUACAGAUGCCAAGACGCCGUAGCUCCCCACGUGUCUAUGAUUUUGGAUAUUUGUCUUCAAUAUUUAAGUUACGAUCCUAACUAUAACUAUGAGUCUGAUGAUGGUCAUAGUUGCCUUGCGAUGGACACUGAAGAAGGAGAAUAUGUCGACAGUGAUGAUUACAGUGACGAUGACGAUAUAAGUUGGAAAGUUCGUCGUGCUGCCGCAAAAUGUUUGGAAGCUUUAAUAAUAACUCGCCAUGAAUUUAUUGAGAGUUUUUGCCAAGAUUUGGGACCUAUAUUAAUAUUGCGUUUGAAAGAAAGAGAAGAAAAUGUGAAGUCGGACAUAUUUCACGUAUAUAUAACUUUGUUGAAAAGUGCCAAAGCUCCACACUUUUUAACACAAGAUCCAGAUUCAAUGGAAGAAAUUCCCCGAAUUUUCUCUCUUCUUCAAGAUCAACUAAAAGAUGUUAUUAAAAUUAUCCAACCUCUAAUGCGUGAACGGUCGAUGAAAACUCGUCAGGACUGUUUUCUUUUAUUGCGAGAAUUAUUAAAUGUAUUACCUGGAAGCUUAGGGCCAUAUUUAAAUGAUAUUGUCCCUGGUAUAAGUUACGCACUUUGUGAUAAAAAUUCCACAAGUAACAUAAAAAUUAGUGCAUUAGGAUUCUUAUGCUCUCUUUUAACAUGUCAUACACAGACAUAUCUUUUUCAACCUCAUAUUCCCACACUGGUACCAAUUAUAAUUACUGCAGUAUUUGAUUCAUUUUAUAAAAUUUCUACAGAAGCACUUCAAGUCAUGCAACAACUUGUAAAGGUUAUAAGGCCUCUAGACGAUCCCUUAUCACCUGUUACUUUUAAAAUAGAACCUUUUGUGGAAGACCUAUAUUCUGCUACACUAAAAAAAUUAAUGACAUCUGAUGUUGAUCAAGAAGUAAAAGAUCGUGCUAUAACUUGUAUGGGCCAAAUAAUAGCAAAUAUGGGCGAUUUUUUGGUUCCGCAAGUUCAAACAUGUCUCCCUAUAUUGAUGGAACGGCUUAAUAAUGAAGUAACUCGGCUAAGUAGCGUUAAAGCGAUUCAUAUGAUUGCUUCCUCUCCUUUACGAAACGAUUUGACUUCAAUAAUAAAAGAAAUUAUUCCCAUAUUAGGUUCAUUUUUAAGAAAAAAUAAUAGAGCUCUCAGAUUGAAUUCUUUGGAUUUACUAAAUAAAUUGGUUGAGAAUUACUCUCCUGCAUUUAAUCCCCAAAUUCUACAAUUAGUAAUUGUUGAACUUAAACCGCUAAUAUCAGAUUCAGAUCUUCAUAUUGCUCAAUAUUGUUUAAUACUUUUAACAGCGACGGCUCUUAAACAUCCAAAAGCUCUUGAAGAUACUCAUGAGCAAUUUUUGCCUGCUGUAUUAAUGCUGGUGCGUUCACCGCUUUUACAAGGUAGUGCACUGACGUGCACGUUAAAUCUUCUUCAAGUCUUAGUUCAAACAAAUAUUCAUCAUUUGGAUUACAAUUCUUUGCUCAAUAAACUUAUGGAUCCAGUUAUCAUUGAUAAUGAGCAGGUUCAUAAACAAGCCCAUCAUUCUUUAGCUAAAUGUAUAUCAUCACUCACUCUAAAAUGCCCCUGGGAAGCCAUACCUUUAGCGUCGCGUCUUCUUGAUUAUAUUCAAAAAACAACCGAAUGUAAUGAUAUAAAAAUGAGCUUUUGUCUAUUAACCAUUGGAGAGAUUGGUCGCAAUUUUGACUUAAGUCCGAUUUUAUCUUUACCACAAACUUUAAUUGAUUGUUUUGGUGUUUGUUCUGAAGACGUCAAGAGUUCAUCAAGUUUGGCCUUAGGUGCUGUUGCAGUUGGAAGUUUGAAAUCUUAUUUACCCCUUAUAUUAAAAGAAAUAGAAGGACAACCGAAACGUCAAUACUUGUUAUUGCAUUCACUAAAGGAAGUUAUAUCAGCAUUAUCUGUUACCCAACAUGGACUCUCUCAAUUAAUACCUUCCGUUCCAUCUAUUUGGGUGCAGCUUAUAAAACAUUGUGAGAGUUCUGAAGAGGGUUCUCGAAAUGUUGUUGCAGAAUGUCUCGGAAAGUUAAUUUUGGUUAACCCAGAUGAACUAUUGCCACAACUUCGUGAUGCUUUAUAUUCUAAUAAUGCUAUAAUGAGAGCCGUUGUUGUAUCUUCUAUAAAAUAUACUAUAUCAGAUCAACCGCAACCAAUAGACCACUUAUUAAAACAAAAUCUAGGCGAGUUUCUUUCCUCUCUUCGUGAUCCAGAACCAGGAGUAAGGAGAGUAGCAUUAGUCACAUUCAACGCGGCCAUUCAUAACAAACCAACAUUAGUACGUGACCUACUGCCCACAUUAUUGCCUUUUUUAUACUCAGAAACAAAAGUAAAGUGUGAAUUAAUUCGUGAAGUUGAAAUGGGUCCAUUUAAGCAUACUGUUGAUGACGGUCUAGACAUUCGCAAAGCAGCUUUUGAAUGUAUGUAUACUUUGUUAGAGCAAGGACUUGACCGAGUUGAUGUGAAACAAUUUUUGGGACACGUGCAAGCUGGUUUAUGUGAUCAUUAUGAUAUAAAAAUGCUAACAUAUUUAAUGACAGCGCGUUUAGCUGUUUUAUGCCCUGAUGCAGUAUUACAACAACUUGACCAGUUUGUGUUGCAAUUGCGGGAAACAUGUACUUACAAAGUAAAAGCAAAUUCUGUGAAACAAGAACACGAAAAACAAGAUGAAUUAAAAAGGUCUGCACUAAGAGCCGUAUCCGCGUUAUCCCAAAUACCUAAUGCAGACAAAAAUCAACACUUCACGGAUUUCUUGAAAACAAUCAAAGAUACACCGGAAUUGUGCAAAAUUUACGAAUGCAUUCAAAAAGACUCCAAUUCGGUCAGCAUUGAAAACGCAUCGAUGGAUCAAAGUUAAAUGUAAAUUCAGUUUUGUUUGGUAAUACGAAGGGCUUGUGUAAACCAACACGUCAUCUAAAAAAUAUGGUAAAGGGUUUUCCUACGUAUUAUAUGUAGAUAUCGUCUUUAAUAAAUAAACUAAAAUUUCAUAUUAACUUCAA